ACCAUCUACAACACAAAUUAGAUGAACAAAGCAAGUCAAUGUGUAUAAAUAUGGAAAACCUUGAACAACAAAUUUCUCAUCUGAAGCAGCAACUUGACUCUGCUUGUAAGGGUAUGAAAGAGAAAGAAGAAAGCAUGGAACAGCUAAAUAUCAAAGGUCAAAAAAUGACAAAUGAAAUUGAAGAACUGGAAAAAAGUAUACAAUUAAAAGAACAGGCAUUUCAAGAACUGAAAGAGGAAAGUAAUUCCCUGGCUCAGUGGAAGAUGGAAAAUAUGCAUGUUCUAAAUACUUUUCAAUGUGAAAAGGAGGUGAUGAAUAAUAAAAUUAAAGAAUUAGAGCAAAAUCUUGAAGUGAGUUUGAAAAAAAAUCAAGAACAGGAACAGAGUCUAGAAGUUUAUCAGCAUACAAAUGAAAAGCAAUCAGAAAAGCUUAGGUCAGUUGAGGAUGAAAAAGAGAAUUUGCAUCGCCAGACUGAUAAUCUCAAGCAAAUUCUAGACAACAAAACUUCUGAGUUAGAAACACAAAAGCAGACCUUUGAAGAAUUCAUGAGUUCUUCAAAGCAGCAAGAGCAAAAGAAUGGAAAGGAAAUAGAAAACCUGAACUUGAGCAUUUCUCAGCUCACAGCACAGAUAGCUGAACUGGAGAAAAAAUUGCAACAAGAAACUAACAAAGUUGUGAAACUUGAAGAGUCUCAGCGUAUAUUGAUUGCUGAUUAUGAAAAUGUCAGUAAUCUGGUGAAGUCAAAAGAGUGCUUAAUUGAAUGUAAAGAAACGGAAAUUUUGAAUUUGAAGGACAACAUUUUGCAGAUCACAAAUAAUCUUGAAGAACAGCUUGCUAAAGUUGAAGCAGAGAAAAAACAUAUAAUGCAGGAGUAUGAAAAAGUUUUACUUGACAGUCUUGAAAUUGAAAAUACAAAGUCAACGUUAGAAAUUUACCAACAUGAUAUCUCCAUCCUCAAGGAGCAGAUUACUUCUCAAGAAUCCUUACUGAAGCUUGAAAGACAACAACGAUCUGAGAUUGAGAACAAGUGUGAAGCUCUAUUAAAACAGACAGAAGAAUUUGAAGAAAAAAUUGAGAAGAGAGAAAAGAAAUAUGUUGACUUGCAAAUAGAAAUGGAACAAGAAAUUCAUCAACUGAAACUGCAACACGACGAAGCAUUGCAAGCUAUCUUAGAUGAGAAAAAUAAAUCUAUUGAAAACAUUGCACGAGAACUUGAGACCAAUGCAAAUAAUUUGAAAUGUUUGCAGGUAGCCAAUGAAGAGUUAGAAGCAAAGUUGGAAGCUUGUCUUUUGUCUGAGAAGUGCAUUCAGGAAAAAGAUGAGUUAAUUAGUUUGAAGGAAGAAGAACUCCUACAGCUUUCUAAGAGAAAUGAAGAACUGAAAAACUCCAACAAUACUUUGAUGCAGGAAAAUAUAGAGUUGAACAAGGUGAAUUCUAGUUUUGCUGAUGAAAUGAAAAGAAAUGAAACAAUGUUGCAGGAACAGACUAAAAAAUAUGAAGAAGAAGCUGCUACCAAAGAGAACUCACUCAAAGAUCUUAAAACUCUGUGUGAAGAACUAAGUGUAAGUCAAAGAUUUCUGCAGAACACAGUAGCAGACAAAGAAAGUGACAUUAAGAAAUUGCUGGAAAAGAUGAAUGAGAAGGAAACCAGGGAAGAUGGGUUAAUGCAUCAGUAUGCUGCAUUAGAAGAAGAAUUGAAACCUCUUCGUGAAAAAUGCAGUGCUUUGGAAGAAAACAAAGAUUUUUUGCAAAUGCAGUUGCAUGAGAGCUCACAGGAAUUAUUGGUGAGAAAUACAGAAGCUGAGGAGCUGCAAAGAAAACAUACUGAGUGUUCUACAGAAUAUAAUGCCAAAAUUCUAGACUAUGAGGAAAGGAUUAAAACGAUGCUUGAGGAAAUAGAUGGUUUCAAGUUACAGCUGCAGAAGAUGGAAGAAAUUGAUCGUUUAAAAAAGGAACUUUCUGAAUCAUAUGCAAGACAAGACAAAAUACUGGAAGAUCACAAUGAAUUGCUCCAGGAAAAAGAACAAUUAACACUCCUGUUAACAAAGAAAACUGAACAAGAAACCAUUUUUGCAACAGAAUUAGAAAAGCUUGAAAGUGAUUUGAUGAGAGUCCAGUCUGAAAAUAUUAACCACAGUAAAUUAAUUACAGAGAAAAAUACUAUUGCAGAACAAUUGAAAGACACAAUCAUAACAAAAGAAAUUGAACUUCAGAAAAUUCAAGCUCGACUUCAGCUUCUCCAGAUGGACCUUGAAGAUAAAGAGGCUUCUUUAGAGUCUUAUAUUUCCCAAGUAGAACAAAUGCAAAGUGAGAUUAGCAGUGUGGAGAGUAGGUUUCAAAAUAGUGAGGAGAAGAGGAUUCUUCUGGAGAAGGAAUUAACUUCAAUGCAGACAGAGAUGGAAAAUGUGCAUUUGAAAUUUAAUGAAAGUAAGAACCAAGAAUCAGCUUUGCUGGAACAAAUAACACUACAAAGACAAACAAUUGAAGAGCUGCAGAGUAAAUUUGAUGAACAAAAAAUGGAUUUUGAUCAUCUCCAUUCCUUGGAAAUCCAGCUUGCUGAAAGCCAAGAAUUGGAGAAGCAAUGCAGCCUAAAAGAAGAGGAGAUAAAGGAACUUCAGAAGAAACUGUGUCAGUCUGAACUUCGUGUAAAUGAAUUAAUGAGUCAAAAUAGUGAUAUUGCAUCUAAAAUGGCUUCUCAAGAGCAGGAGCUAAAAGCACAAAUGCAAAUUACUUUGAGCAGUAUGGAGGUUGCACUGCAGCAGAGUGAGGAGCAAAGAGCACUUGUGCAGAAAGACUUGAGUAAGGUGCAGUCUGAAUUAUCAGCUAUGAACUUGCAUGUCAUCGAAAGUAAAAGUCAUAAUAAAACUUUGAUGGAAGAAAUAACUCUGCAAAGGAAAACUGGUGAGGAUCUGAAGAGUGAACUUGAAAAAUGUAAAGAACAGGAAACACAUCUCACCUCAAUCGUGUCUGAGUUACACUCUCUUAUUGCAGCUUUGGAAACUGAAAAAGCAUUGCCGUUGACUAAAGUAGAUUUAACAAACAAUAUUGCUAUCCAUGAUACUCAAGAGUGCAAAGUUGUAAAAGAAGUAAUGAUUGCAUCCCUAGAAGCUAGGCAUCAAAACAUUUCAGAAGAGAAAGAGAUGGCUGAUGUUGAAAAUGAUUCAUCAGAUGAUAAGAAAAAUCUUUUGAACACAAUUGAAAAUUCACCCAACUUGAUUGUAAAUGACCAAACAACCUUUUCUGUUGAAAAUGAUCACCUGAUAAUGAAGCCCGUGGAACUGGAAACUUGGCCUGUGACUUCUGAGCAGUCUAUUACAUUGCUCAGAGAAAAAUUUCAAAAACAACAAGAUGCUGCAGAUCAAGAAACCUGGGAUUUGCAUCAAACCUUAAUUGCAACAAGACAAGAACUUGAAUUUCUGAAGCAACAGCAUUCAUCAGAAAUUGAACAAUGGCGGUUGAAGUUGACCAAUCUAACAACUGAGAUGGAAAUAAAGUUGGCUGCACAGAGGCAGCAAACUGAGUUGCUGUCUACAGAGUUAGAAGGUGCGAGAGUCCAACUUCAGUCUCUGGACCUCAGUUCCCAAUCAUUGCUGUUUACUAGCUAUCAUCAUGAAGAGAGUACUCCGCAUAAGCUUAUUGAUUCAAAGAAACACCAAACAGAGGUGAUGAUCAUCACUGAUCAAUUGGGAUCUGUCAGCAGACAAAAUGUGUCCCCUGAUUCUAAUGUACAAUGGGAGAAACAACCCAGUUUACAAUCUGGAACAACAGGAGAAAGCCCUGUAUUUUCCAAGGACUACACCAUUUACUUUGAUAAUACUAAGAAUGUAAGCAAGGACGUUGAUAAUGAAUUGAAUGAAAGCAACACAAAAGAACAGUGCAUAGUUCAAUCAACACAGUUAGGUAAUGAUGAAGUUAGUGGCCCAGUGGAAUGCCAAUCAAUCCAUGAAACCUUUGUUGGAUCUCUGUUACAAUUGGACCAGGAGUCUGGCCAAAUACUUCAUCUGCUUCCAAAUGAAGAAAAUAAGAAAAUAACUGAAGAGCUACUCAGUGAGAUGGAGAAUUUGCGUAGCAAGCUAGAUAUCAAUCAAAAAGAACUAUUUAACAAAACUGCUGCUUACACUGAGUUAGAAAAGAAAAUGCUCAUCUUUGAAGAAAAGAAGCUCCAACUAUGUAAUGAAUUGAAGUUUUCUACUCUUGAAAAUCAAAAUCUUCGAGACAAAGUAAAUGAUUUGGAAGAGCAGCUCAAAAAUAUUACAUUACAGCUGAAUCUUGAUAAAGGUAAAUUGCCUGAGGUGACCAAGGUGUUGGAAAGCCCAGAGAUGAAUAAAACAGACAGGAAUGAACAAUUCCUUCAACUAGAAAAUGAACUGAAGCGAGCAAAAUCAGAUAAAGCUAACCUGGAAAAACACAUUCUUGAAAUGGAAGUUGAUCUGGAUGAGUUGCAGAACAGAAAGCAGUUGUUAGAAAAAGAACAUGAAUCAAGUCAAAGGACCAUUUUCAUUCAGGCAGAAAAGCUGAAUGAGCUUGAAACAGAAAAUACUGGAGUCAUUCAGGAGAUUAGUACUCUAGCUGAGACAAAUAAUGAAUUGGAGCAAACUAGUAAAAAGUUGAAGGAAAAAGUUCAAGAUCUUGAAGCAGAGAAAAUCUACAAUGUUAAUACAAUCCGGAUGCUUGAAGCUGAAGUAAAGAAACUAACCAGUCAGCGACAAGCUCUUGCUGAACAAAUGGAGAAAAAUUCAAAGGAAAAGGAAAGCAUAAUCCAGGAAAUUGAUUGUUUGGAAAAUAAUUCAGUGUUGGAUAGAGAAGGUAAGGAGAAAUUAGAACAAGAACUAAAUCUGUUGAAGAAGGAAAACUUAUCCAUCCUAGAGCAAACUGAAGCUCUGCGGAGCAAGUUUAAUGCAGUAGAGCUUGAAAAGUUGAAACUACUCCAGUCUUUGGAGUUCUCUAAAUCAGAAAAAAGUGAAAUUGCAACAAGGUUGAACUCUACCAAGGCAGAAGUAGCUGAAAUGCGGCAUGCUAUUGAGAAACUUAAAAUACGCAUUGAAGCAGAUCAUAAUAAACAUCAACAAAUGGCUGAAAAACUUAAAAUCAGUGAACGAAAAACAGACUCCCUUCAAGACAAGGUUGAGGCACUUGAACGGGAGCUUCAGGUCUCUGAAGAAAAUAUGGAGCAAAUGGUAUUAGAAGCUGAAACUGCAAAGGAACAGGUUGAAAUAUUAAAGGAAGAGAAGGAAAUGAUUACUGAAAAUCUGAAGCGAUUGAAAAUGGACCUCCAUUCCUUAAACUCUGAGAAACAAAUUUUACAGAAGCAACUGCAACAAAGUCAGGAAAAAUUAGAAACUCAGUGCUCACAUUUGGCAAGAAAUUCUGAAGCAGCUGAAAAUGAAAAAGUCAAAAUGACAGAAGCCUAUGAAAAUUCUGUUAGUGAGCUACAGUCUCACAUUUGCCAUUUAAAGGAAAGGAUGAAAAUCUGCCAAGAAGAGUUGGAAAAAUUGAGAGAAAAUGAGAAAAAUUACCUCAAUCAAAAUUCACAUUUGGAAUGUGAAAAUAUUCAGCUAUCCAACCAACUUUGUAAAACUGAUGAGCUAAAUGUGGAGCUAAAAUCUACAAAUACAAUACUAAGUAAAGAUCUUCAAAUUAUUCAACAGCAGUUGAAUUUGCAUACAGAAGAGAAAGAGAAACUUCAGCAACAGAUUAUAGAUCUGGAGCAAUUGAAGCAGAAAAAUUCUAUGGCUUUGAGUAAUUUGCAUAUUGAGGUGGAGAACUUAAAGAGAGAAAGGAACAACUUACAGACAGCAGUAGUGGAAUCUCAGCAAGAAGCGCAAGAUUUGACAUCCAGGCUAACGAUAGUGCAAAACAUGAAGGAAAAUUCUGAGAAUCAACUACAAAAUGAACUACAGGUUGCACAUUUGCAAACUACUACACUUCUUGAUCAGGUUCGUGAUCUUACAGAGAAUAACCGUAAGCUGCAGGAUGAUUUAUCUGUGGCCAGUGAAAAGAUUCAGAAAAUGCAGCAGGAAUUUGAUGCAGAGAAGAAUUUGAUCUCAGCACAACUUGAAGAAUUCAGGAAUCAGACAGAAAACAUUAAGUUGCAGCUAGAAAUCUGUGAAUCAGAAAAAUACAAGUUAGAAAAGGAGGUUGAAUAUUUUCAGAAUGAACUACAGAUCACUGAUGUCCUGAAAAAGGAACUGGAUGAACAUAAACUAAAACUAAAAUGCAUUCAAGGAGAACAUGAAGCUGUGCUUAAAGAUUUACAGGAUCAGCAUGAAGUUCAAGUACAGUCGUACCAAAAGAAAAUGGUCGAAAUGGAAUUACAGCUCACUGCACAAGACAUGGAAAUCAACAAAAUAAAGGUUGCAAAAGAAGAAAUCAAUGUUGCCUUUAAAGAUGCCAUCUGCAAGGUAAAUGAUCAGACAGAGAAUUACCAUAAACUGCAGGAUGACUUAACCAUAGCCAAUGAAAAGAUUCUGAAAAUGCAGCAGGACUUUGAUGUGGAGAAGAAUUUGAUUUCAGCGCAACUUGAAGAGUUCAGACGUCUGUCAGAAAGUUUUAAGUUACAGCUAGAAAUUUCUCAAUCAGAAAAAAACAAGUUACAAAAGGAUGUUGGAUAUUUUCAAAACGAACUUCAGAUCACUGAUGUCCUCAAAAAGGAUCUAGAUGAACAUAAACACAGACUAAAGUGCAUCCAAGAAGAGCAUCAAGCUGUGCUUAAAGGUUUACAAGAUCAGCAUAAUGUUCAAGUACAGCUGGACCAAGCAAAAUUGGCUGGAAUGCAGAAACAGCUAACUGAACAAGAAAUGGAAAUUAGCAACCUAAAGACUGCAAAAGAAGAAGUAAAUGUUACCUUAAAAGAAGCUAUCUGCAAGGCAGAAGAGCUGCAAAAAUCAAUGGCUAAGCUAAAAGGGGACAAGGAUUGUGCUCAAAAUAAACUGCUACUUUGGAUGAAAAGCUGUAAACAGCUUGAACAUGAAAAGGAGUCACUGAAGAAACACAUUCAGCAACAAGAGGAGCUACUUGCACAGCUACAGAAAAACCCAAAACUGGAUUCACAAGCGGAUGAACUAACUGCUGAGGUGGAGGAUCUAAAGGAGGCACUGGAGGAAAAAACAAAAGAAGCUGAUGAAAAUAUGGAGAAAUAUUGGAACCUGAUUAAAAGCAGCCAUAAAUUGGAGGAGGAAAAUGAAAUGUUAAAGAGCAGGGUGGUCUUCUUGAGCAAUAAAUUACAACAGUCAAAUGCUCAAGAAGAGAAUGGUGUUGCAGAACAAGUUGCUGCACCAAGAUCAGUUGUACACCAGUGUGAAAAGAAGUCACCUGGUCAGUCCAACAGUCAGCAAAAAUAUCUGAAGUCUCCAGGUAUGAACUAUAUUGCAGAACAGCCUAUGGAUGCUCCACUGGAAUUAGCUGGAAAGAAAAGUCACCAAAAGCGCCCAGAUGCUCAAUCAAACCGUACUGCAAAGAGAGUAAGGGGAGCUGAAUCGAAGGAGGAACGAGAUAAAUUGAAAUCAGAAGCUUUGCAGAAUUCUGCAAAGAGGACAAGAAAUGAUAAAGAGCAUGAGAUUAUUUUAAGGCCUGCUACAAAAGAUGAAACUCCAUCUGAACCAGAGGGUCUUCCACAUAUUGUUAAAAAAGGUUUUGCAGACAUACCCACUGUAUCCCAUAGCCCCUACAUACUGCGUAGGACAACCUUACUAAACAGGGCUAGUUCCAGCCUUGCAGUUCAGAGCAGGAUAUCUCCCCAUAGGCAGAUGCAAGAUAAGGGAGUUGUGCAAACCUGCAACAAGUCAGAGACAACAGCAGGAAGCAGUCCUGUCCAGCAGCACUCAGCUGAAUUUCCAGCAUUACAUCCGGAUUCAGUACCAACUAUGACAGAGCCACCUCUAUCAUCUUUAACAAACAGUGCAAAUAAAAUGGGCUUUAAUACUUCUGAUGGGAAGCAAUCAGAAAAAAGUAGGUGCCCAUUGAAUACAAAGAAAUUUGUGGAACAAAAGAAACGUUACACCAAACAGAUUACUGUGACAGACGAAAAUGAAAAUUGCAAAGUACAGUAAACAAAUAGUAGAAAUAGCACAGUACUAACAGGUGAACUCUAUUGUAAAAUCUUCUGCAGUAGUUCUUGAGGUGCAAAAACGAAGUACCAAAGCUGACUGUAAAGUGUACAAAGUACAGUGAUUUACAGAGAGUAAAUGAUUGUAAGUUUCUAGUAAUAAUGCCAACUAUCAUAUGUAAAACAGCUUUAAAGUAGUAAAGUAUCCUCUAAAAGAUGCAACUUAGUAAUAUUACAAAAUGGUUAAGAUUACUGUUUGCAGAAUACUGACACUUUUGUACAUUAUUUCUUUUCUAAACUAUUCUAUUAACCCUAAAUUACAAUUUUCUGUAAAAUAUUGGCAGCACCCUUAAUAUCUCUCAAGUGAUUUUUGUUUGAGUUGGAGGGCCUUAUUCUGUCAUAAAGCACCAUCCCAAAAGCCAUUAAUUUGAAUAAUUCAGAAAAAUCUUUAAAUGUGCUGUGAUUUUGUAACAAGUCAGUUUUUUCAUAAGCUUAAAUUUGAGUUCUAAGCUGCCAGAGGUUUCAGUCUCUGUUUGUGGGGUAAGGUUUCAUAACUAGCAACAACCUUUAUUCAGUACAUGAGAAGAUAUUAAUUUGCAAUGAUAUAAAAUUGUUUUAUUUUGUAAAAGGCAAAUAAACUUGUACCUUUUUUAAAAAGAAGGUAUAAUAUUUUACUCAUAUUAGAGUAGGAAUGUAAUACUUAUGUGCUUGUUUUGUCUUUUCUAGCAUUUUUGUAUACAAUUGUACAGAAAUUAAUUAAAAUUAAUCAAAUUUCAAUUAA